AUGGCUACUACAUACGACAAGAUCCAAGAAGCUGCUUCGCAGAACGCCCAGCUAUUGCAGGGUCUAGCAGAGACUGAGGCUGCACCCUCCCAGCUAGCACAGCAAAAUGCGUAUAUCACUGAUCUAGUCUCUCAAAUCGCAUCAACCACCAAGCGUGUAAACGACCUCAAGAGAAAGACUGCCCUGGAGCUCAAAGAUCAUGAAAAAUACCGAGACUCGACAAUCCGGCGUUUAGCACACAAGGCAUCAGGUCGCAAAGAGCGCUUCAGUGAGAAAGCGGCCAAAGAAGAAAAAGAAUACUUCGACGCCAUCCAAGCCCAAAAGUCCGCCGAAGACGAACUCGCCUAUCUCACUCACUUAAAAGCCGAAGCUGACAUGCAACAUUCGCGCUUCGAAACCGAAGCCCAACGUCACCAACAACUCCAAGCCAGUCUCGACGCACUGUACAACUCCAUAUUCUCAGGUCCAACCCCAGAGUUCCCCAACGAAGACCAAAAGGAACACGCAUGUACCACCGCGUCCGAGCACGUCCAAAAUAUCAACCACGAGCUCUCUCGGGAACACCACAUCCUCUUCCUGCUGGGCCAAACCGCGUCCAAGCUCUCUGAAGCCCGCAACUCGCUCAACAGCGCCUACGGCAUGUCACAAUACGACAUGUUUGGCGGAGGGCAGCUGACCAGCAUGCAAAAGCGCAACUAUCUCGAGCGCGCAGAGUCCUCCAUCCAACAAGUCCGCAUGCUGCAGUCCCAGCUCAAACAAGUUGCUCCUGACAUCCCUGACCUUGGGCAGGUGGUGAUCAAUAUCGGAAGUAUCUGGAGUGAUGUGGUGUUUGAUAAUAUCUUUAGUGAUAUGCAGAUGCAUGACCAGAUCAAGCAGAGUAUGGCGCUUGUUGACCAGGCGGGGAAUAAGUGUGGGGAGAUUAUUAGGGGCCGGGAACAGGUUGCGGGCACGUUGGAGGGCGAGGUUAAAAGGGCGAAUGAAGAGUUGAGGGAGAAGCAAGGCGAAUUGCAGAGGGCGAGGGAGGACGCGUUUUCUAGGGUUUCUGGAGGAAUAAUUUCAGCCUCAGGGGCUGGGGCUGGGGCUCCGCCUCCAUACACUGUGUAA